AUUUACUUUUAUUCCAAAAAUAUCGAUAUAUUGACAUCGAAGCCGAAAACAAGCAGCCACGCUGUAGAGGAAAAUCUGGUGGAAAAUUCAUAAAAUCGUACACCAACAAGCGCAAAAGUCAGAAAAGGAGUUCACAACGAGCAGGGGACUUUUUUCACGGAGCACCCCGGAUAGAACCACAGAAAUUUUCUAACAUGGCCGAGGACUUUGAUGUGGAGGCGAUGCUCGAGGCGCCGUAUCAGAAAAACAAUGUCAGUGCGGGCAGCGGUGGACGUGGUGGACGCAGGCGCAGCGGCAGCAGUCCCGGCGGCGGAGGUCACGACGACGACUUCACCGAGAAUGGUCCACGGAACGGAGGAAGCUCACACAAAAAGCAAAGCAAGCGGUCCCGAAGCAGAAGCGGCUCACGGGAUGCCAAAUCCCGGCGAGAUCGCGGCAGUGAACGCAGCAGUCAAAGGGACAAGGAUAAAGAACGCGACCGACACCGCGAAGGAGCCGACCGGGAUCGACGCAGAGAAGGCGGUGGUGAUCGAGAUCGGGAGCGGGAUCGAGAACGUGAACGCGACAGGACUCGACGCAGUCGAUCGAGGGAUGAGCGUGGCGGAGGAGGCGAUGAUCGUCGCAUACGCCAUGGUGGCGGCGAUCGUGACAAGGACCGACGCUCGCGAGACCGACGUGGCGGCAGCAGCACCAAGCCCAUGCAGCCGGAUCGAUCCCGGGAUAAACGCCGUCGCAGUCGCUCCCGCGAACAGCAGCGCAAACGGCUGAGUCCGAUCCGUGAACGCAAGCGCAGUCAUUCCCGCUCAAAGGACAGGAACAGCCGUCGUCGAGGAACCCACUCGCCCCGUCGUCGCUCGCCAGCGAAUGGAGCUACCGACCGAACCCCGCCCACCGAGCUGAGUCCCGAGGAGCGGGACGCCCGCACCGUCUUUUGCAUCCAGCUGUCGCAACGAGUGCGUGCGCGUGAUUUGGAGGAGUUCUUCUCCAGCGUGGGCAAGGUGCGCGACGUGCGCCUGAUCACGUGCAACAAGACAAAGCGCUUCAAGGGCAUCGCAUACAUCGAGUUCGAGGAUCCGGAGUCCGUGGCCCUGGCUCUAGGCCUUUCCGGCCAGCGGCUGCUCGGCGUGCCCAUCAUGGUGCAGCACACGCAAGCUGAGAAGAAUCGACUCCAGAAUGCGGCCCCCGCAUUCCAGCCGAAGAGUCACACGGGUCCCAUGCGCCUCUACGUGGGAUCACUGCACUUCAACAUUACCGAAGACAUGCUGAGGGGCAUAUUCGAGCCUUUUGGCAAGAUCGAUGCCAUUCAAUUGAUCAUGGACACGGAGACGGGUCGUUCCAAGGGAUACGGGUUUAUAACGUACCACAAUGCUGACGAUGCCAAAAAGGCUUUGGAACAAUUGAACGGCUUCGAACUGGCCGGCCGCCUCAUGAAGGUGGGCAAUGUGACAGAGCGAUUGGACAUGAACACCACCUCGCUGGACACGGACGAGAUGGAUCGCACAGGCAUCGAUCUGGGCGCCACAGGCCGCCUACAGCUGAUGUUCAAGCUGGCGGAGGGAGCCGGUCUGGCUGUGCCCCAGGCGGCGGCCAAUGCUCUCCUGGCCACUGCUCCUCAACCGGCGCCGUUGCAGCAACAGGAGGCGGCUCCGUCGAUAGCCACGCAGUGCUUCGUACUGUCGAAUAUGUUUGAUCCACGCACGGAAACGAACCCCACCUGGGACGUGGAGAUCCGCGACGAUGUGCUCGAGGAGUGCGCCAAGCACGGCGGGGUGCUGCACAUCCACGUGGACACCGCCUCGCCCACGGGCACCGUAUACGUGAAGUGUCCGGGAACAACGACUGCUGUGCUGGCGGUGAACGCCCUGCACGGACGCUGGUUUGCCGGACGAGUGAUCACGGCGGCCUAUGUGCCCGUGAUCAACUACCACUCCAUGUUUCCGGACUCCAUCAACGCCGUCGAUCUGGUGGCGCUCACGCGCAAGAACACCGACGAUUAGGGAGGAUCUGCGGACACAAAUAUUGUUAAUAUUCGUUAUGAUAACUAAUUUUUGGUCAAAACAUUUUCAAUUUUUUUAAAAGACUUUCGACGCAAGCUGAAAAUUAGGGGCACAUAUUAAAAUACAUUUUUAAAUAUAUAUGGAUUGAAAAAUUA